AUGAUCGAAGAGCGGUUCUCACCCAAGAGGAAGGCAUCUAACGGGGCUAUGCGAGGCAUCACGGACUGGACGCUGAAAGAUAUGCUGGACCCCCGAGGCCUUUAUCAGUCUGGCAUUGAGCUCUAUGGAAUUGAAGACGUACCAGUCAUGGUUCCCAACGUUCGCGACGCUGCGGGGGUGCCCAUCUACCCAUCCAAAUACAGCCAGAAGAUCACUGCGCCUGUGCAUGUCGUGGUGGGUGUUGACUUCUGGACUUUAGGUCCUGACGAGAAGCAUCCGAACGACUCUCGAGUUUACCGGACGGGAUUGAGGUCUAUGAGGCUGCUACCGACAACCGGGGCUGCCAAGUACCUCUUCAACAAACCUGCGACCAAGACAACCGAUGCCAAAGGGAAGCGCAAGGCCGACGGACCGGCAGGACAAACUUCCCCUGCGAAAAGAGGCUCUGGCCAGAGUAAGGCUGCCUGAGGCAGCAGGUUUUGAUCCCUUGCUUGGAAUUUUCAUGCGUGGCCUUUCCUUUCCAUCUGGUUGAAUUUGCGUGUCUUGUUUUUCUAUCUGGUGGGAUACUUCAUAUUCGUUCAUUGCGUCUGCCAGGGCGAGUUCUGGUGUUGGCCUUAGGUCUGAAGUUAAUUUCCCCCCCCUUGUCUCAGUUCUUGCGUGGGUGUUCAGCAGUUGCACUAUGAUGAGGUCCUACGUACUUAGCGAGUCGAUUGUUUGUACGGAUGAAUAAAACAACGAAGGGAUGGUUAUG